AUGCCGCGCAAAGCGAUUGACUCGCGCAUUCCCGCCCUCAUUCGAAAUGGUGUCCAGGAGAAGAAGCGCAGUUUCUUUGUCGUGGUGGGUGACCGGGCUAAGGAUGUGAUUGUCCAUCUCCACUACAUUAUGUCCAGCGUCGACGUGAAGCAGAACAAGUCGGUAUUGUGGGCCUACAAGAAGGAUUUGCUGGGGUUCACCAGUCAUCGCAAGAAGCGCGAGGCCAAGAUCAAGAAGGAGGUCAAGCGUGGCAUUCGUGAGCCGAACCAAGAGGAUCCUUUCGAGCUGUUCAUCACUCUCAACCAGAUCCGCUAUGUGUACUACAAGGAGACCGAGAAGAUUCUGGGUAAUACCUACGGCAUGUGCAUCCUGCAGGAUUUUGAAGCUAUGACACCAAACCUUUUGGCGCGCACAGUUGAGACCGUCGAGGGAGGUGGUAUGGUGUUGCUGCUGCUGAAGAGCAUGAACAGUUUAAAGCAGCUGUACACCAUGUCAAUGGAUAUCCACUCCCGAUACCGAACUGAGGGACAUGACGAUGUGGUCGCUCGAUUCAACGAGCGUUUUAUCUUGUCGCUUGGCAGCUGUGACUCUUGCCUUGUAGUCGAUGAUGAGCUGAAUGUGCUGCCCAUCUCCGGCGGCAAGAAUGUUAAGCCGCUUCCUCCUCCAGAGUCCACUGAUGAGUCGAAGUCAGGAACGAAGAAAGAGCUGAAGGAGAUCAAGGAGAGCCUGGCUGAGACCCAGCCCGUGGGCCCGUUGGUCAACCUGGCCCGCACCACAGAUCAGGCCAAGGCACUCCUGACCUUUGUUGAUGCAAUUGCCGAGAAGACCCUGAAAAGCACUGUGGCGCUUACUGCUGGGCGUGGACGAGGAAAGUCUGCUGCCCUCGGCGUCGCCAUUGCCGCUGCAAUUGCCCACGGAUACAGCAAUAUCUUCAUCACCUCGCCUAGUCCCGAAAACUUGAAAACUCUUUUCGAGUUUGUUUUCAAGGGGUUCGAUGCUCUUGGCUACCUGGACCAUGUCGAUUAUACUAUUCUCCAGUCCACCAAUCCCGACUUUAAUAAGGCUAUUGUGAGGGUCAAUAUCCACCGCAACCACCGCCAGACCAUUCAGUACAUCCAACCGCAGGAUGCACACGUCCUGGGCCAGGCGGAGCUCCUGGUUAUUGAUGAGGCUGCUGCUAUUCCUCUGCCCCUCGUGCGGAAGCUGAUGGGCCCUUAUCUCGUUUUCAUGGCUUCGACUAUCAAUGGUUAUGAGGGUACUGGUCGUUCCCUCUCUUUGAAGCUCAUUCAGCAGCUUCGAGAGCAAGCCCGGGGUGGCCUGAAGGCAGACGACACCGACGUUGCUGAUCGUGACACUGGAAAGACCGCGAAGAACAUUGACAAGAGUCUCGGCGGUCGGUCACUGAGGGAGAUCACACUGGCAGAGCCAAUCCGUUAUGCUCCGGGUGAUUCUGUUGAGAAGUGGCUGAACAAGGUCCUAUGUCUGGAUGCUACUUUGCCCAAGUCCCGCAUGAAUACACAGGGAUGCCCGCACCCGUCGCAGUGCCAAUUGCUUCAGGUCAACAGAGACACCCUGUUUUCCUUCCACCCUGUCUCAGAGAAGUUUUUGCAGCAAAUGAUGGCUCUUUACGUUGCCAUGAUGCCCCCCGCACAUCAGCUUUACGUGCUUGUUCCGCCCAUUGAUGAGGAGGCUACAAAGCUUCCGGAGCCGCUUUGUGUGAUCCAAGUUGCUCUUGAAGGUCGCAUCAGCAAGCAGAGUGUACUGAACAGUCUGAGCCGUGGCCAACGCGCCGGUGGUGACUUGAUUCCUUGGUUGGUCAGCCAGCAAUUCCAGGAUGAGGACUUCGCCGGUCUCUCCGGUGCUCGUAUUGUUCGUAUCGCUACCAACCCCGAGUACACUGGAAUGGGUUACGGCUCGCGGGCUCUGGAGCUUCUUGUCGACUUCUUCGAAGGCAAAUUCACCAGCCUGGAUGAAGAUAUGGCCGCUCCCCAGGAGGAGAUGGUCCGCGUCACUGAUGACGAGCUCGCCAACUCAAGCCUUCUGGACGACAACGUCCAGGUCCGGGAUAUUCGCUCUAUGCCUCCGCUGUUCGGUAAACUGACCGAGCGUCGUCCUGAUGUUCUUGACUAUGUUGGUGUCAGUUAUGGUCUCACGCCGACUCUCCACAAAUUCUGGAAGCGAUCCUCCUUUGUCCCUGUCUACCUGCGUCAGACUCCUAACGAACUGACUGGUGAACACUCCUGCGUCAUGCUUCGCACUCUUGCUGUUGGAACCAACGAUGUCGCUUGGCUGGGUGCCUUUUCCCGGGACUUCCACCGCCGAUUCCUGGCUCUCCUGUCCUAUCAGUUCCGCGAAUUCCCCUCGGUUCUUUCUCUCAGCAUCUGCGAGUCCGCUAAUGUUGGAGCGAAACUGGACACCGCUGCCAUGCUGCGCGUUCUUGAAAAGGCUGAUCUGGACUCUACCUUCUCGCCCUUCGAUCUGAAGCGCCUGGAUAGCUAUGCGAACAACCUCCUCGACUACCACGUCAUUUUGGACAUGGUGCCCAUUAUCGCCGAUUACUACUUCAGUAAUCGCCUCGCUGGUAAGGUCAGCCUGUCUGGCGUGCAGCAGUCCAUACUCCUGGCCAUUGGUCUGCAGCGCAAGAGCCUGGACGACGUGGAGAAGGAAUUGAAUCUUCCAUCCUCCCAGCUGCUGGCCAUGUUCCUCAAGAUCAUCCGCAAGAUCUCAACUCACUUCCGUAGUUUGGUCGAAGGUGCUGUCGCGGAGUCUAUGCCUGUUGAGAAAGUUCCUGUGUCUCUGCCCACCGGUGGAGCUCACGAUGACGAAGUUGUAGAAGAUCGCUUCAAGCCCCUCGAGACCGGACUGGAGGACGAACUGCGAGAAGGUGGCGAACAGAUCGAUGAGGAGCUUCGUGAAAAGCAGCGUGCUCUGAUCGACGCUCUUCCGCUGGACAAAUACGAAAUUGACAACGGGGCCGCAACAUGGGAGGACGCUGAGAAGCAAAUUCGCGGCGGCGGUGCUUCAACCGUCAGCGUGAAGACCAAGCCGUCCAAGCGCAAGAAGGGCGAGACGGCGCGCGACAUUUAUGACAAAGAGAUCGACUCCAAGAGGCAGAAGAUUAUCAAGAAAGGCACCGAGGGCCGCAAAAAAUAG